UGACCUCAGUCACUGGGGAUCGUACAACAAGGGUACAGAUUCCUAAAUGCAGUUCAAAUACAUAUUUUAAAAACUGCUAAAAAAUACAUUCAGCAACCUUUCAACUUUCCGAGAACACCCUGGCUACGAUCCUAUACAUAGCACGGCACACACCAUCCACAAUUUAGAAAUAUAGAGACACCAGUUAGUCUUACUACUCAACUCAGGGAAACAGUCCUAUCGUCCAACUCAACUCCGGGCGGCGUUACGCUCAUUUCACUCAAACUCCGGGCAGUUUCCGUUCGUCCACAGUGAAGGCUUAGCUGUUAAGGAGAGAAAUAUCCCUCAUAAGUGCGGUGUUUAGAUAGUAUGAGAAAGAUGUUGACUAUCAUUUCCAACGUGCUGAGGGCAAGCACCAAGAAAAACGGGGCACAGGCUGUGUCUGAGGGUGCCAGGGUGGUGGUAUCUUCUCGUUCCUAUGCCGACUUCACCCCUCAAGCCUCAUUUGACAUCAAGAGGUGUGACCUGCAUCGGCUGGAGGAGGGCCCUCCCCAGCAGGCGGUUCUGACCCGGGAGGAGGGGCUCCAGUACUACCGCACCAUGCAGACGAUGAGGCGCAUGGAGCUCAAGGCAGACCAGCUGUACAAGCAGAAGAUCAUCAGGGGCUUCUGUCACCUGUAUGAUGGCCAGGAAGCAUGUGCGGUGGGCAUCGAAGCAGGCAUCAACCUAACAGACCAUCUGAUCACAGCGUACCGAGCCCACGGCUACACCCUCACCAGAGGGGGCACAGUGCGCGAGAUUAUGGCCGAGCUCACAGGGCGCAGGGGAGGCAUCGCUAAGGGCAAAGGUGGAUCGAUGCAUAUGUACACAAAGAACUUCUACGGCGGGAAUGGCAUCGUCGGAGCUCAGGUACCCCUGGGGGCAGGUGUGGCCUUGGCCUGCAAGUACCAGGGGCGCAAUGAGCUGUGCGUCACGCUAUAUGGAGACGGAGCAGCCAACCAAGGCCAGAUCUUUGAGACAUACAACAUGGCAUCUUUGUGGAAAUUACCCUGCAUCUUCAUCUGUGAGAACAACAAGUACGGCAUGGGCACCUCUGUGGAGCGAGCUGCUGCCAGCACUGACUAUUACAAGAGAGGCGACUUCAUCCCAGGACUCCGGGUGGAUGGGAUGGAUGUCCUGUGUGUGAGGGAGGCCACCAAGUUCGCCGCAGACCAUUGCAGAGCUGGAAAGGGUCCUUUUCUCAUGGAGCUGCAAACUUACCGUUACCAUGGACACAGCAUGAGCGACCCUGGGGUCAGCUACCGCACACGUGAGGAGAUCCAGGAGGUGCGCAGUAAGAGCGACCCCAUCUCCAUGCUGAAGGAGCGCAUGCUGAGCAACAAUAUGACCAACGUCGAGGAGCUCAAGGAGAUCGACGUGGAGGUGCGCAAGGAGAUUGAGGAUGCCGCCCAGUUUGCCACCACUGACCCAGAGCCUCCCUUGGAGGAGCUGUGCAACCACAUCUUCUAUAAUGACCAGCCCUUGGAGGUCCGUGGCACACACCCAUGGACCAAGCUGAAGUCCGUUAGCUAAAGUCCUUCGUAGCCCAGCUGCCCUCCAUUCCCCCUCCCCCCAGUCCUCCCCCCAAGUUGUCCCUCAGCCAUCCAACUGAAGCAAGGCUCGUUUGCUUGCUGGUUAUUUAAGGAAAAGGGGAGUUUUGCAGUAGACAUGAUCUUGAUGGCAUAUUUCCACUGGGAGCCCAUUUUAUUCUGAUGAUCAGUGUGCUAUGUACUGUGCUUUGUAUGUGCAGCACAGCUCUGACUGGUCAACCAGAGGUUGUUUAAUCACUACUCAAUGUUUACAGGUGUAAUCCAGUGUUUCCCAACCCAGUCCUAAGGGACCCUUAGUCCAUGUUUUUGCUCUCCUGGAGACUGGGAGAGAGCAAAAAUGUGGACUGUCUGUGGCUCCGCAAGGAUCUAGAUUGGGAAAUGGUUAUGUUUCAAAAACAUUUCAAAGUAUUACACCUUGGGAACCAUUUUCUCCAGCAUUAAUUGGCCUUGCUCAUUUUUUCACAAAAUGGAUCAAAAAUUGAGAGCUGUGGAUGGAAAAGGCUUUAAUGAUGGCUAGGUUUUCCAUCAAUCUCAACUAGUGUGGUUUAAGCGGUGGAAAGUUGGCUGGAUUUUAUGGAAGAAAGGGGAAAUUCUGUGGGAGAUAAGGUUGUGUCCUUGGCAGCCACCUGUCAACUGAUCUGCAUUUUUAACAAUUUCACAGUUAGAAGUAUCUGUCCUUUUUUGUGCUUGUGGGAACAGAGAAACAAAGGGGAUGUGUGGCGCAGCUCAGAUGGCCAAAAAAUACUGUAACACUCAUGUGGAAACAUGAAUAAAGACCAUAUUUGUUGGAA